AUGAACAGAACCUUCAGCAUGAGGGCAGGGCCCGGGGGCAGGUCCUACAGCGCUGCCUCGGCCAUCGUGCCCAGCAGCAGCAGGGCUGGCUUCAGCUCCGUGUCCGUGGCACGGGCAGGAGGAGGAGGAGGAGGAGGAGGAGGAGGAGGGGGCGGCUUUGGGAGGCUCGUCGGGGGAGGUGGAGGCGGUGGCGGGGGAGGUUUUGGCAGCAGGAGCCUCUACAACCUCGGGGGCAGCAAGAGGAUUUCCAUCGGGGUCGGGAGCAGCUUCAGGGCCGCCUUUGGAGGGGGAGCCGGGGGGGGCUCCGGGCUGGGAGGGGGAGCUGGCGCUGGGCUCGGGCUGGGGCUCGGCGGGGCAGGAGGAGGGUUCGGCUUCGGCGGAGGGGCUGCGGGGCUGGGCUUUGGGGGCGGGCACACAGGAGCAGGAGGGUUCGGCUUUGGGGGGCUCGGGGGGCUGGGAGGGUUCCCCGCGGGGUUGGGAGGGGGCAGGAACCCGGCAGGAUUCGCCGGUGGCCCCUCCGGGGUGGGCACGAUCCAGGAGGUGACGGUGAACCAGAGCCUGCUGGCCCCCCUCAACCUGGAGAUCGACCCCAGCAUCCAGCAGGUCCGCAAGGACGAGAAGGAGCAGAUCAAGACCCUCAACAACAAGUUCGCCUCCUUCAUCGACAAGGUGCGGUUCCUGGAGCAGCAGAACAAGGUGCUGGAGACCAAGUGGACCCUCCUGCAGGAGCAGGGGCAGAAGAACAACUCUGGCAAGAGCAACCUGGACCCGCUGUUCGAGGCCUAUGUGGGCAACCUGCGGCGGCAGCUGGGCAGCCUCCUCAGCGAGAGGGGCCGCAUGGACGGAGAGCUCAGGAACAUGCAGGACCUUGUCGAGGACUUCAAGAACAAGUACGAGGAGGAGAUCAACCGGCGCACGGCGGCGGAGAACGAGUUUGUGGUGCUCAAGAAGGACGUGGACGCUGCCUACAUGACCAAGGUGGAGCUGGAGGCCAAGGUGGACGCGCUGAGCGACGAACUCAACUUCCUGCGCGCCCUCUACGAGGCGGAGCUGGCCCAGCUCAGCGCCCAAGUGUCCGACACGGCCGUCAUCCUGUCCAUGGACAACAACCGCGACCUGGACCUGAGCAGCAUCAUCGCCGAGGUGAAGGCGCAGUACGAGGACAUCGCCAACCGCAGCCGCGCCGAGGCCGAGGCCUGGUACCAGACCAAG